UUAUAAUGCAUUUCAGAUAAACAUGGCUGUCCCAGGAAAAAAAGCAUCAAAACAAUUUUCAUCUUCAACACAAUCCAUGGCAUCAGAUGAAGAUCUUCAAGUUUACUGUCAACCUUGUGAUGAGGAAGGAACCAGACUUCCUGCCCAUGGUUACUGCACAGAUUGCAAGGAACAUUUGUGCAAGAAUUGUUUCACAGUCCAUCUAAAGCAUAAACUUUCCAAACAUCAUACACUUCUAGAUGCAACAAGAAUGCCUAAAGUUUUGCAUCAACCCUCAACAUCUACCCACACAGGCCAGUCUGAUGAACUUACCACACCCUGUUGCAAACACCCGAAAGAAAUGAUCAAGUUCUACUGCCUCGACCAUGAAGAAUUACUCUGCAGUGUGUGUGUUACCCUUGAACACCAAGCUACAUCCUGCAAAGUAAACUACAUACCCGAUAUAUCUGGUAAUAUGACAGACAGCAAAGAAUGUCAAGAUAUUUUGAAAGCAGUAAAUAGUACUUCUUACCAAUAUCAGCAGUUUGUGGAAGAUGCCAAAAAGAUGACAAAUAAGUCCAACAGCUCUCUCAAAGAUGCAUUAUCAGAUAUUAGAAAGUUUCGACAAGAAAUCAACCAAAGACUAGAUGAACUGGAGAGACAAAUUGAAGAUGCAGCUAAAGUCGUAGAACAAGAAAAUAACAAACAUCUGAAAGCAGUAGAAACAACAUGUGAAGAUAUAACGAAAUCUCUGAAGACAUCAUCAGAUACCAUCAAACAACUUAACACAUCAAAACAAGCUGAUAAACUCUUCAUGGAACUUAAACUUGUAGAGAAAACAUUGAAAAAUGUGGAGGGAAAGAAACUACAACUUUCAUCAUAUGAUAUCAAAGAAUUUAACUUUAAAACAAAUGAUGCAAUAUUAGAUCUUCUUAAAACAGAGAAGUCUUUGGGUACAUUGACACAAAAAACUUUAAAAAUAAAAUUUCCAUCUGUACAAAUAAAGUCUAGACGAUCUUCACAUCAGGGAGAAAUCAGUGUGAAGACAUCAAAAGAUAAAGACAUGUGCUGGAUAACAGGAAUGACUCUGCUGACUCCUGAUCUUCUUAUCAUAACUGACCGCAAUAACAAAGCUGUAAAGAUGGUGGUUACCAGCAGACAAUCUGUGUCUGAUCAACUACAACUAGAUGCUAACCCAUGGGAAUCACCACGGUAACCAGUUCUGACCUUGCUGUCACACUUCCUCACAAACAAACAAUACAGUUUAUAUCAAUCUCAUCAAACAAACUUAAAAAGAAGCGCACUAUGAAAGUGAAUGGAGGCUGUUAUGGUAUUUGCUGUUACCAAGAUAAAUUUGUUGUGACAAACUACUAUCCUGGAAAACUCCAGAUCCUUGAAAUGAAUGGCACUAUACUGACAACAUUUGAUAAUAAAAAUAUUUUUCAAAGAACCACUUCAUGUAAUAUGUAAUAAAAGUUCUAUCUAUGUAUCUG